AUGGAGCUGCUUGGAGCCGUCACCCUGAUCCUUCUCCUUGCCCUCUCCUGCCUACUUCUCACCCUAUCUAAAAAGAAGACGACAGCCGAGGGGAAGCUCCCCCCUGGACCCACACCCCUGCCCCUGCUCGGGAAUUUCCUGCAAAUCAAGUCCUCACAAACCUUAAAAUCUCUUCUCAAGCUGAGGGACAAAUAUGGGCCAGUCUUCACCGUCUAUUUUGGAAGUCGUCCGAUUGUGGUCCUGUGCGGACACGACGCUGUGAAAGAGGCCCUGAUAGACAAGGCAGAGGAAUUCAGCGGGAGGAAAACUGCCCCGACUCUGGAGAGGACCUUCCAAGGUCAUGGUCUCAUGUUUUCCAAUGGUGAGCGCUGGAAGCAACUCCGCCGGUUCUCUCUCACCGUCUUGAGGAAUUUGGGGAUGGGGAAAAAGUCCAUUGAGGAGCGAAUCCAGGAAGAGGCCCAGUUCCUGCUGGAGGAAUUUAGGAAGACCAAAGGGAAGCCCUUUGACCCCACGUAUUUCUUCAGCCGGGCGGUCUCCAACGUCAUCUGCUCCAUCAUGUUUGGAAACCGCUUUGACUACGAGGACCAGGAAUUCCAGACCCUCAUGGAAAUGAUAAGGAACAGCUUCCGGGAAAUGAGUACAGCUUGGGCCCAGCUCUACGAUAUCUACGUUGACUUUCUGAAGUACUUUCCGGGGCCCCACACCAAAAUAUAUGAUAUGCUGGAAGUGCUGAGGCUGUUUGUUGCCAAGAAAGUGAAGCAGAACCAAGAGACCCUGGACCCCAACUGCCCACGGGACUUCAUUGACUGCUUCCUCCUCCAGAUGGAAAAAGAAAAAGACAACCCAGCUAGUGAAUUCCAGAUGAAAAACCUGGAGCUCACCACCCUUAACCUGUUCUUUGGUGGGACCGAGACGGUCAGCUCCACACUGAGAUAUGGCUUUUUGCUGCUACUGAAAUAUCCAGAGGUGGAAGCCAAAAUGCAUGAGGAAAUUGACCGAGUGAUUGGCCAUAGUCGAGUCCCCAAUAUUGAAGAUCGGAACAAAAUGCCGUAUACGGAUGCUGUCAUCCACGAAGUGCAGAGAUUCAGUGACCUCCUCCCCAUGAGUUUGGCUCACAUGGUUACCCAUGACACAGAAUUCAGAGGCUACAUCAUCCCUAAGGGGACAGAAAUUUAUCCUGUACUCCACAGUGUUCUGCGUGACCCAACAAAAUUUAAGAAUCCCAGUGAAUUUAACCCGGGCCACUUCCUGGAUGAGAAUGGACGCUUCAAAAAGAAUGAUGCAUUUCUGCCAUUUUCUUUAGGAAAGCGGUAUUGUCUGGGAGAAGCCUUGGCCCGCAUGGAGCUUUUCCUCUUCUUCACCACCAUCCUGCAGAGCUUCCGGCUGAAGCCCCUCGUGGCCCCCCAGGACAUCGACAUCACUCCCCAGGAGAGCGGCUUUGGCAACGUUGCACCAUCCUACCAGCUCUGCAUCAUCCCACGCUGAGUGGGGAGAGACCAAAGCUGAUUCUCCCAGUCACGACACUCUUGUAUUGAUCAGCUUCUGACUUCCACAGGGGCAAGACCAAGUUCUUGCUCUCUUUUCUGGUUCUUGCAAAUGUAUGCAUAUGGGCAUGCAUGAGGAGUUUUUGUGUGUGUUUGUGUGUUUUCAAAAUGGCUGCUUUGUUUCACCCACCUCAGAUUAGUCCUGUUGAACUGGCAGCCA